UGGUAAAGGCUCAAAAACCAUGCAUUUAAGAUGGUUGGGUCCACUCUCAAUUUAGAAUGUCUUAUAUUUGUGGACAAAUUUUGAAUCCUAAAAUGCCCUACAUUUUAGGACCGAGGGAGGGAGUAUGUAAAUAAAAACAAAGGGAGUAAUAGAAAAUAAUAGAUGAGGAUUGUUAUGUACUAAUUCCCAUUUUAAACCAUAAUGAAAAACUGUCUGUUUUUUAGAUGAGAAAAAAAAUUAGCUAACGUGGGCCGUGCUGAUCCAACCGUGUGCGCUGGCUCACUGGGCCGGGUGGAGAAGGAAGCCUCCUCUUUCACGAGUCACGAUUCACUAGCAAGGAGGAAAAAAGAAAAAAAGCGAGGAGGUAGUCAAGAGCGCGCGGCGAUGCCGGAGCUGCCGGAGGUGGAGGCGGCGCGGCGGGCGCUGCAGGCGCACUGCGUGGGGAGGCGCAUCGCGCGCUGCGCCGUGGUGGACGACGCCAAGGUGGUGGUCGCGGCCGCCGGCCGCGCGGCCUUCGAGCGCGCCAUGGUCGGCCGGACCAUCGUCGCCGCGCGCCGGAAGGGGAAAAACCUCUGGCUGCAGCUCGACGCGCCGCCCUUCCCGUCCUUCCAGUUCGGGAUGGCAGGUGCGAUAUAUAUAAAGGGCGUUCCUGUUACAAAUUAUAAGAGAUCAGUUGUCGGUUCCGAAGAGGAGUGGACCUCCAAAUACUCUAAAUUCUUUGCUGAGCUUGAUGAUGGCUUGGAGUUUUCGUUCACUGAUAAAAGGCGCUUUGCAAGAGUUCGUUUGUUUGAUGAUCCUGAAACUGUACCCCCAAUUUCCGAGCUAGGUCCAGAUGCUCUCUUUGAGCCAAUGUCUGUUGACAACUUUUUGGAUUCCCUGGGUAGAAAGAAGAUCGGAAUAAAAGCUCUUUUACUUGAUCAGAGCUUUAUAUCAGGCAUUGGUAAUUGGAUUGCGGAUGAAGUGCUUUACCAGUCAAGGAUCCAUCCAUUACAGAUUGCUUCAAGUUUGUCUAGAGAGAGUUGUGAAGCACUGCACCAAAGUAUCCAAGAGGUUGUGAAAUAUGCUGUUGAAGUUGAUGCUGACCUUGAGCGCUUUCCAAAGGAAUGGUUAUUUCAUCACCGUUGGGGCAAGAAGCCUGGUAAAGUCAAUGGAAAGAAGAUUGAAUUCAUAACAGCUGGUGGCAGGACGACAGCCUAUGUGCCGCAAUUUGCAAAAACUGACUGGAGCCCAAUCCAGCAAAAUGAUAGCCGCUAACCUGGAGCAACUGGUUGAAAAUGGUGAUGCCAAGGAGCCAGUGACUGACGGAGAAGACACUGAUAUGCUGAAGCGCAAAAGGCGAGCUACAGCCUCCAGGGUUGCCAGGGGACAGCAAAACAAAGAUAGCGUAGGUGCCAGUUCCAGAAAAGCAAGGGGGAAUGGUGGUGGCAGUAGAAAACCAGGUACCAAUGCUGAGGCUGUGGAACCGAAAACAGCUGUC